GCUAGAUUCUGCGAGAGAAAUUAUAAGUGCCUUUUACCUUCUAUUGUGCUUUUACAAGCCACUAAGAAAUGUGAAAAAUGAAUAGUUUGAAUUAUAAAAUUUUGAGAGUGAAUAAAAGGGAUUGAUAACAAUAUUCGUAACUAUUUUUGCAGAAAAGAUGAAUCUUGGUUUGAGAAAUGCUUCACAGCUUUUUAUAAGCGCCGUUUCCUCCUUGAGGGAGAAUUACAGUGACAGUGAGUACGAUGUUCGGGUUUUCAGAGCUGAGCUAAUGCCAGCGUUAAUCUUCGUCUCCUGCCUACUGCCGAUUGGGAUUAUUGGAAAUGCUUUUGUUUGCUGCAUUUAUCAUAAGAAAUGGCGGGAAAGCCGACGAUCGUCCCGUUUGUUCAUUUUAUCUCUGGCAUGGAUUGAUUUAAGUAACUGCAGUAUAACGAUGCCAUUUGAGAUUGUGUUGAUGUUAAAUUCAACUACGUUCGACAACGCCAUAAUCUGUAAAUCCUUUCGGUAUUUAACCUUCAUGCUUAACUGCAUGUCGUCUAUUAUACUAAUUGGUAUUGCAGUAGAUCGGUUUAUCGGAAUUCGAUUUUCUAGGGAAAAGGCCUUCGGAAUACGAGAGGUCAAGAUCUGUAUAAUAAUUGCCACAUUUAUAUCUGCCUUAACAUGUUGGCCUGCAUUUCUCUUAUAUGGCACUCAGACUUACUAUCGGAAUGGUGUAAAAUCAAAAGCCUGCCUCAUUGACAAUAGAUAUAAACAUACCAUAUUUCAGUUUGCACACAGUUUAUAUCUCAUAGUAAGCAGUCUGCUAGUAGACUUUAUAUUAAUAAUUUUAUACUUAUUGACAUGGAGAUCAAUUUAUGUAAUAAACAGAGGAUUCUCAAAGAUCAAAUUUUAUGAAGGAAACAAAGGCUUGAAAUAUGGACGACUAGACGGUUUUCUCUCUUGCUGUAAGAAGCAUGAAAGUUCAGAGUCUUCAAACGCCUCUUUCAAUUCGACCACUACUGAAAACACUUUAAUAAUACAAAACAAUGGAGAAUUAAAAGAAAAUUCAAGUUCUGGGAACCAGUUGACUGUCCCUAUGGAGAGAUGUUACAAAUCAGGAACCCCAAGAAACAGUGUGUAUUCAAUCAGAUCCGAAAGUAUAAGAUUCGGACCAAAAAUACACGUCACAAAGUCCUACAUUAUGUUGUUCUCUGUGACAGUUGUGUACAUUUGUACGUUUUUACCAUUCUGUGUUAUUGCUAUACUCAGGUGUGUUAACCCGGCCAUAUAUUCCACAUUAUCUGUGAUGGAAACAAACUUAUAUCAACUAUUUUUACGGUCGUACAUGUUAAAUAUGGCAGCUAAUCCGGUAGUGUACUGUUUUGUGAACAAAGAUUUCAGGAAAGACUGCAAGAAACUUUUUACUUGUUCUUCAAAUAAAUCAAAGUGGUGAAUAAAAAAUUGAUGUUUCCAAGGACUUGGAGUGUGAAGUUUAUAAAACAAAUAACACUUAUGAGCCAUUUGCGUCAUAUGUCUAUAGAUGAAGCUUCUACCAACAAUAAUGUGUCUGGGUGUAAAAAAUAAAUCAAGACAUGCAUUAUACUGCACGAAAACAAAACCUAUUCAAAUGCCAUUACAAUCUCCAACAAAGCAAACAAAGUGUAACACUUCAUAAAGGAUGGAAUGAGUGAUAGGGAACACAAGGAGUCCGUCGGAUCUCUGCUUGUUGUUUAAAAAAACACAAUGAAAAAAAUUCAUCUUGAAGGUCCAUACAUUUUAGAUAUACGUUAAUUUAUAUGUUCUUCUAGAACACCCUAUUUCUAAAUUUACAUUUUUCAAUUUUUUAUGGAAGUUAUCACUUAAUAUUGAAUAAAGCAUUUUGACAUUUUC